AUGUGGAAAAGUGCAGUGUUUUUCGCCCUGCUAGUUGGAUGCAGUAACGCAGGUAUCGCAUCGUGGAAUGAGGACAUAUCAGUGCACAAUAAUGCCGCCGUUACCGGAAUACACUACUCCCAGCAUGAGGCGUCGGUGAACGCCGCUCGGAAGGCUGCCGCCGAUCGUUUGCAUCAGUCAGCCGCGUUAGUGGCUAACUCUGGAACUUCCGCUACACCUUGUGGAAAACUCUGCUAUAGUACGUACGGUGCGGAAGCAUCCACUGACGCAGAAACUAUCGGACAAGGCAUUGUUGGAUUCACAUCUACCGGAGCCGGAUCAACGGCCGGAUCUUCACAGAAGUACUCCUCCAGCUCAUCGCGCAUGUCCGAAUCGUCGAUGCAGAACAUUCAUGCUCCAGCUCCCGUCGUUUACCCGGUAGCAUCUUCGGCAGGGACGCGUUCAAGUUACACCAGCUCAUCUUCAUCUCGACAGCAUAGCAGCAGCAGCAGUGGUGGUGCGGCACCAGUUCUGGUCUACGGACCAGCUUCCAGUGCGAACAACUUCAACACUCGCUCAAGCUUCUCGGCAGCGUCGAACGAACAGCAGCAUGUCCAACCGGUCACCUAUCCGGUGGCAAACAGUGACACUUCCAGACGGUACGUGUCCGCUCAGCAGGACUAUCAGUACCUAAACUAUCCGUCAUCGUCCGCGGGCACGGGUAAUACGUACGUACUGUACUCCUCCAAACCGAUUGGUUCCUCGAUUCACUACGCACCGUCACGAUCGCGCGUUGACGAAGCGUCAUCCUUCGAGUCGACUGGAAGAGUGUUGAACUUAGCCCCUGUUCAACCGGUACAUUCGGAGCGGGUUAACGAACAGCGAUCGCAACAGCGAUCCGAAUCCGUGCAGACCGUCCAACGUCAACCGGAUCUGUACCCGGUGCGUGGUACCUUCGAUCACCAGGAGCGAGAGUCGCACCACGAUCAGGAAGUCUUCGAGGAUGAAGUCGAUGGUUCCACGACAGAGCAAUCCGUCCGUCUGCCCGUUUCGACUGGUUCGACAUCAUCAUCAUCCUCUUCCUCGCAACGCCGUGAACAUCAGAACACGUACGUCCGUGCUGGUUCGUACGUUCCGAAUACCGGUUCCACCAACCGGUACAGUACAGUGGCUGAUUCGCAACGACGACAGCAGACGUAUCACAGCUCACCGACGUACGUGACAGUAGCUCCCGCAGGAGGUUCUGUCUCUUCCUCGAAGUACGAAAGCGCCUCAGAAUCUCAGCACCGACUCGCUCAAGCUCAACCAAGCCCAGUGGCGGCUUCUUCGACGUCCAAUCGGUACGCUUCGUCGGCGUCGGAACAACGCUCUAGCACUCUCGCAGGUGCUACGGGGCCAGUCUAUUACGCACCAGCUGGAUCCACGUCCUACUCAAACACGGCAUCCAGCUCGUCACACAACAGCCGCUAUAAGGCCGGUUCUGGUGGCGGUUUCGUGCACUAUCCCAUCACGAACGACGAGUUUGGGCGGCAGUUUGGGGCUUCUCGAGGAACUGCUGGUGGGUACGGUUCCUAUACGGAUCUGCAGGACAUCAUGAGCGAAUCGGAGUCGUUGGCGCGUCAGCAGGCACACAACGUGCACAAUGGAGCCGUGGCCGGUAGUGGCACCUUCGAGACGGACUCCCGUUUUGGAGGUAACGCGGAGUCGGAUGGAUUGGGCACGAUGCCAGGUGGCUACCAACGCACCAAGUCCUGGUCUAGCAGCUCCAAGUGGGCCUCGGAACAGCGCUAUGGCGAUGAUGGCAAACCGAAGACGUACAGCAUGCUCUCGACGGCGGAAAGCGAAAAGCACAACAUCAACGGCAAAACGACGGGAUACAAGGCGGCCACCACGACCCUGGAGGACGAUGGCAAGGUCAGCACGUACAGUCUGCACACCACGUGAGGUGGCGAGCGUUGAGUUUGUUAAGCAUUAAUUUAUGUAGCUUCUAAGACCUUCAAGGAAUAAAGUGCGAGCGUUCUUGUUGAACUGACAACUGUAG